AUGCAUAUCAAAGUAUUUUUAUUCUUUGCUUUUAUUGUGAUCGGACUUUGUCUUUGUUUAAUGCCAAUUGGUAGCGAAGCUCGUCCAUAUAAACGAAGUAUUCAUACACGAUGUCCACCAACAUGUUCAAUGUAUUGUCCAUGUGGUCAUCUUCUUGAUAAAAAUAGUUGUCCAAUUUGUCGUUGUCGACCAUCGAAUGUUUGUACUGGACGACAUCCUAAUGCUCAUCCAAGACAACAUCAAAGUUAUACUAAAUCACGCGUUCUUUAUUAA